UCAUUUACCCGCGUUUGUUGAACAGCCCACUUUGUUUGGCGGGAUCUCUAUCGACGCAUAGGUAAGGCACCAUGCAGUUCAUCAGCAGACAAAAGAAGCUUGGCCCUCACUCUCAGACGGAGAUCUAUGGGCAGCUUGUGCAGUUCUAUGGACAGCCUCCACUUGAAAACAUCUCUCUCUCUGAGUUUGAGACAUUUGCUGUGGAAAGACUGAAAUUGUUGAAGAGCGUUGAGAAUUUGGGAGUGAGCUAUGUGAAACUGUCAGAGCAAUACAACAACAAACUGCACCAUGAGUUGAAAAACCUGAACUUUCCCUACAAAUCGGAAACUGAGGACAGAAAAUCUCAGACUGGACCAAGUGAACACGAGAAGCGAAGAAAGGACCAUAUCUCCCACUUCAUUCUCCGACUUGCCUACUGCCAAACGGAAGAUCUGAGGCGCUGGUUUAUUCAACAGGAAGUUGAUCUUUUCCGCUACCGUUUCACUGACCUGCCUCCGGAACAAAAGCUUGAACUUCUUCAAAAGAAUAAUCUUCAGUAUCACGCAAUUAGCGCCGAGGAGAAGAAGGCUCUGUCGGGAAAACUUGUCCACUCCAGCUACGGUGGCAGUGGAAUCAAGGUGGAGGAUCAGGACUUCUACAAAGUUCCAUUUCAAGAUGCCCUGGAUCUAGUGAGGGCAAGGAAAGUGUACCUCAAAGCAGGCUACGUGUACAUCCCUCAACAGGAUAUUGUCACCAUUGUCCUCAAUGAUUUCCGCACCAGGCUGUCUAAAGCUCUUGCACUGACAGCUCGCUCGCUACCGGCCGUGCAUUCUGAUGAACGGCUCCAACCGCUCCUUAACCACCUCAGCCAUGCGUAUGUGGGACAGGAUUACAGCAUCCAGAAGAAUGUUGGAAAAAUCUCCUUGGAGCAAAUCGACUCACUUUCAGGAAAGUCAUUCCCACUGUGUAUGAGGCAGCUCCACCAGAACCUCAGAGAGAACCACCACCUCCGCCACGGUGGUCGGAUGCAGUACGGCCUCUUCCUCAAAGGUAUCGGCCUCUCUCUGGAGCAGGCUCUGCAGUUCUGGAGGUCUGAGUUCAUAAGAGGCAAAGUGGAUGCUGAUAAGUUUGACAAAGCAUAUGCCUACAGCAUCCGCCACAUGUUUGGCAAAGAAGGCAAGCGAACAGACUACACCCCCUACAGUUGCAUGAAGGUGAUUUUAUCAAACCCACCCAGCCAAGGCGACCAUCAUGGAUGCCCAUUCCGUCACAGUGAUCCAGAGCUGCUGAAGCAGAAGCUGCAGUUCUACAAGGUGUCUCCCAGUGGAAUCAGUCAGAUCCUGGAGCUGGUUAAAGGAAUGCACUACCAGCUGGCAUGCCAGAAAUACUUUGAGCUGACACACAAUAUUGAGGACACCACUUUCUCACUCAAUCACCCCAACCAGUACUUCAUAGAGAGCCAGAAAGUUUUGGGCGGAGGCAAGGACAUAAAGCGAGAGACGGACACUCCACAGAGGUCGCAAGAAAACUCGGGCAGAGGAUCAACUGCAGCUCGAGAGGCAGCAGCAGCAGCAGCAAACGCCCCCCAGCAUUUGGCUGAGAUCACAGAGGAUCUGGACUCUUUCUUUCAAGAUGCAUGAUUUGCAUUCUUCUUUUUUUUUUUUUUUAAACUACAUGUAGAAAUAAAUGUUUGUAUGACGACUGGAGGUUGCAGGUGGUGCAUAUUCCAACUUGUUGAACCUUUUAAAGUCACUGUAUCUGUAUUAAAGUUGCAAAAUGUUUUCAAUGAUUUAAGCUUUGAGUCGAGUUCAACAUCAAAGUUAAGUUUCCUACUUUGUAACUUCCUCUGUGGAUGUGAUGUUGACACUGCGUUUGUCACUGAUUAACCCAUGCGUUAACAGGAGUCACUCGGUUUGUUGUCUUCCUUUGUUUUCGCUGUGUGGUCUGAACUCAGAUGGCUUAUACCCAGUCACAGAGCACAGUGUUUUUGGCAGAAACGUGGUUUUCGGGGGUGAUGACUAGAACAUUUCCCAGCUGUCUCAGAAACAAUGUCAUUGUAUUUGCUGGCAGCAUUAUGGAUGAAUGGUGGCAGAAGGAUGGAUGAAAAUAAACAAUUUUCACAGUUGUA